AUGUGGCUUAAUCGAUUACUGGUUUGUUGCUGGUUGGCCCUUCUCAGCGUCCCUGGGUGGGCUCUCGACGAAAGUUCUGCUGGUCUAGAGGGAACAGAAACACAACUGUUUGUGAUAGAGUCCGUAAAAAGCGUUGACGAGUUGCUCAGCGCUCAUCCACAAUGGAAGUUUGAGAGGGAUGUCAGCGGACUGCAGAAUCACUACGUGUUUUCACAAGACAUGGACGGAUCGUUGCAGAAACGUUCCGAUUAUUCUGACAGUCCGGACGUUCUGUAUUUUGAAAACUUGGUCAAAUCUGAAUACCUUUUCAAGAGAAGUCCGCUGCCGAUAGCUUUACCAGUACCGGUACCAGCGCCACCCUACGACUCUAGCAUGAUCCCGCUGAAGGAGGCAGAGGAGAAACUGGAGAUUAACGAUCCAAAUUUCGAAAAACAGUGGCAUCUGAUCAACGCCAACUACCCAGGGAAUGACGUUAACGUGAAAGACGUGUGGUAUGGCAAUGUCACAGGGAGCGGUGUUGUAGUGGCCAUUGUGGACGACGGGGUCGAUUACGAAAACCCUGAUAUUGCAGAUAAUUUCUGCGCAGAAGGGUCCUGGGAUUUCAACGAUAAUACCACGUUGCCCAAACCAAGACUUGCCGACGAUUAUCACGGAACGCGAUGCGCCGGUGAGAUUGCCGCCUCCAAGAAUAAUGGAUUCUGUGGUAUUGGGGUUGCCUAUAACUCAAAGGUCUCAGGUCUACGGAUACUUUCGGGACCACUGACACCGGAAGACGAGGCCGCCUCGUUGAUGUAUGCGCUUGAUGUCAACGAUAUCUUUUCAUGUUCUUGGGGCCCUCAAGACGACGGAAGACAUUUGCAAGGACCUUCGGAACUUGUCCGGAAAGCAUUGAUCAAGGGUGUCACAGAGGGUAGACAAAAGAAGGGAUCCGUAUAUGUGUUUGCCAGCGGUAACGGGGGUCAUUUCGGCGAUAAUUGCAACUACGACGGCUACACAAACUCCAUAUACUCGAUCACAAUUGGUGCCAUUGAUCACAAGGGAUUACACCCUCCUUACUCGGAAAGUUGCUCUGCUGUUAUGGCUGUCACUUACUCUUCCGGAUCAGGCGAGUUCAUUCAUUCCACAGAUAUAAACGAUCAAUGUAGUGAUAGACAUGGUGGGACCUCAGCUGCAGCACCCUUGGCAGCUGGUAUAUAUGCGCUCUUACUCGAGGCAAAUCCUGAGUUGACGUGGAGAGACGUCCAGUACUUGUCCAUAUUGUCGAGCAAAGAGAUUACCAAUCCUGAUGCAUUUCCACAGAGUGGUGCUAUGGGGAGAAAAUACUCACACACCUAUGGGUACGGCAGGAUUGAUGCUUCAGAAUUGGUUACCAUGGCAAAAAGUUGGAAAAAUGUAAAACCGCAGGCUUGGUACUUUUCAGAAUUGGAAAAUGUGAGUGGCAUGACGAAUAGAACCGAUAAUGAAUUGAAAUCCACAAUAUCUGUAACAGAAGACAAUUUAAAGGAUUCAAAUCUUGAAAGGGUGGAACACGUCACCAUAACAGUUGAUAUCGAAGCAGAUAUCAGAGGCCCAAUCACAGUAGAUUUAGUUUCUCCGUCUGGAAUAGUAUCCUAUCUUGGGGUUGAACGGAAUUUCGACCAGUCACCAGAUGGGUUCAGAAGCUGGACUUUCAUGUCGGUUGCUCAUUGGGGUGAAACCGGUAUUGGUGAAUGGAAGCUAUCUGUCAAAACCAAACGCGAUGGUAACACCGUGAAACUGAACACCUGGAAACUAAAAUUGUUUGGCGAGUCCAUUGAUCCGUCAAAGGCAGUACCAUACGAGUACAAUAUGGGGAAGGAUCCAGACGAGGUGCCCAAGCCAAUCGCGAUUUCUCAGUUGGGGAGUAAUACGGCAACAGCAACGUCUCAAACCGCCGAAAACACUGCAGUUGUCACCACAACCACUACAUCUCCCUCUUCAUCAGUAUCCGAAGCGGAGCAUAGUAAAGUUAACAAAUUACCUUCCCCUCGACAGGCAAUGCAUUACUUCAUAUCGCUGUUUGUGGUCGCUAUCCUUCUUUUCCUAGUUUACUUCUUCAUCUUUGUUAAAUCCAGAAGGAGAAUCAGAAGGUCUAGAGCGGAAGCGUACGAAUUUGAUAUUAUAGAUACGGACUCGGACUACGAUUCCACUAUGGACAGCCGGUUAUCUUCUAAUAUGGCGAGUAGUGGAAUGCAAGAAAACACUGAAAUUGAUGACUUUGACUUUGACUUGUCAGACGAGGAUAACCUAGUAACACCAGCGGAUCAUUCAGCCGAGACCCCCCAGAUAGAUUAUGUUUUGAAUGAUUCUUCCCCGACUGAAACGAAGAAAACUGUAUCCGGUGAAGUCAAAGGUAGAGAGGGGAACUCAGGUGAUGAAGGGCAAACCUCUAAGGAAGCUGAAAACCCUUUUUUUUCCCCAGACGAUCCAACUGACACUAAACAAACUCAUGAUGAGAACUGA